GCGCCAGGAGCUAGGGUUUGAUCCAAGCGAUGGUGGAUCUGCUGAGGAGCCGCUGGCUGAUGCUAGUGGCGGGCAUUUGGAUCCAGAUCACGAUGGGAUCCACCUACGUCUUUGGAUUGUACUCGGAGAGCCUCAAGCGCGAGCUGGGAUUCGAUCAAUCGCAGCUCGACACGCUAGGGUUCUUCAAGGGGAUCGGCGCCAAUGUGGGGAUUCACACAGGAUUGCUGCUCUCGCUGGCGCUGCCGCCGUGGAUUAUCCUGGCGCUGGGGGCGGGCCAAGGUUUUCUGGGCUAUUUCAUGAUCUGGCUCGCUGGAACGCACAGGAUCCGGGGCGUCCAGCUCUGGCAGAUGUGCGCCUUCAUGCUCGUCGCUGCGAAUUCGCAGACGUAUUCCAACACCGCCGUGGUCGUGACAUCUGUGACGAAUUUCCCCACAAGUCGUGGCACUGUGAUUGGCUUGAUGAAAGGAU